CGCGUCAAUUAGCAGCAAAACACGCGUCGAUAUUAAUUUCUGAUACAAGCUGGAAGAGAGACAACCGGCCAACGCGCUGAAUCGAUCUUGCGCUAUAGUAAAACGGCCUCUGAGCUCCUGGCGCUUACUUCCUGUCGCAUGUGAAGCCAGCAACUGAGCAACAGCCAUGCCGCCACAAGGCGACGUCACGCUCCCCGCGACCAAGAGAGCGCGCAAGUCGCUGAGCGGCCUUUCGCCGUCGAGAAGGGCCGGAGAGAAGGAAAAUGCCACGGUUGACGUGUCGGCGGCAUCACUGGCCGCGAAUCGCAAAAAGUCACGAAGCAAAAGCAUAGGACCUGGUGGCCUAGAUGCGCUCAAACCUGCCAACGGAAACAGGAGACAGUCUAUAGCAGCACCUCUGCCAAGAUCAAUCCUUAAACCGACAAUACCCAUUUUGCCCGAAAUACCACCACAUAAACCGAAACAAGCCACCAGCAGAAAUGAAGGCGACUCCACCAAGGUCGCCUUGCGGACGGAGGAGGAGCAACAAGCCGCAGCCCGUGAGCGUGAGGAGAGGGAGAGGGUAGCCCUUGAAAAGGAGAUCAAGGACAGAAGAGAAGCUCGGCGCAAGUCACUGGCCAACAGGCGCGUGUCGUUCGCGGCUGAAGCUACAUUGCACACCUUCCAUGAGAUUGAGUAUGCCCAAGACUCGACCACAUCAACAGAUUCCACUAGACGUGCCUCGUCACUCGCGGCGCCAUCUCCGGCACCGCAUGCAACACAGCAGGAGUCGAACCCAGCAGAGCCGCCAUCCACCCCACCGGAACAUGUAGACGAUGUGGUCCCAGACUCUCCGGCGGAUCAGAGGGAACUGCACCAGAAGAAACGGAGACGGAGCUCUGGAAUAUUGCCAUUGGACGAGAACGACAUAACCAUGGGUUCCACUGUGUACGACUCGGACUCUGACAAUGGCGACGACAUCAUUGAAGACCCGGAUGAGGGCGAGUCUGAUUCGGAUGCAGGCGACGGCACCAUGAUGACGCUGGAUGCCGAUGAGGUAACCACGGCUUCUGCUGUCUCGGCAGGUUCCAUGUCGAUUAUGAGCAGCGAUUCUACGGCCAGUAUAGACGAGAUGCUGCGAUUGGCCACACAAAGAGCAGGUGCCCGUUCGGCUGCAGAUGAAGAUGAGGAGGUAAUUCCUGCCUUUAUUGGCUGGGGCAAGAAGGCCGCCCCGGGCAGCGGGAUGCAGGAAGACCAAGAGAUUUUCUCAAGUCCUGUACGGUCAGUGGUGGACGAGGACGACGGCAUGGAUAUGGAGGAGACGCAUGCCAUAGGAGGGAUCGUCAGAGCAGUAGAUGCCGAUGGGACUAUGGCCAGCGAAGACGGAAUGGACAUGUCGAUGGACAUGACGCAUGCACUUGGGGGAAUUAUGGCACAGAAGAGAGCAGCCCAGAGAGAGGCGACCAUGUGCGUGGAUCAGACGAUGGACUUCACCAGACCAAUGGGUGGCAUUCAAUCCACAGCCGACGAUGAGGUUGAACAACAAGACGGUGAAGGCUACGAGGAUAUGUCAAUGGAGCUGACUACCGUAAUGGGCGGUGUUUGGGCAACAGGUGCUGCUAAGGGCGGCAAGCCUGGAGCGCGGCGCCACACGACGAUGCGCCUUGAUGAUGCAGAUGCAGAGCAGACUGUUGGCAUGGACAUGACGGUAGGAUUGGGCAAAAUCAUCACCACCGAUAAGGAUGACGAGGGUGAUGGGGAGAUGGAUAUGACUGCAGGCAUGGACAUGUCACCCGUGGCACUGGGAGGAAUCAUCGCAUCCGUCACUCGUCCGGCGGAUGAGAACGAGCAAACGCCUCAGGGGUAUCGCUCAGCAGAGAAGGCGCCUCCGGUAAACAGCAGGCAAUCGUCUCCGUCCAGGCCAUCGUCGCCAAUCAAGAACUCCUUGAAAUCGAUCCUAAACCGUAACCCUUUACCCGACCGUUCACCCGGCCGCUCACCCAGUCGGUCACCCGAGCGUUCAGCAUCCAAUGAUAGUGGAAUCCGCAAGUCUCCAGGUCGGAACUCUCCAGCAAAACCAUCUAUUCAAACCGCCAAAUCUCCCGAGCAGCCACGUACACCGUUACGGUCGUCGCCAUCUAGAUUCAUUGCUAGCGGAUCCAAGUCACCGGUGCGCUCAGCUGGUCAAAAUAAUAAACAGGCCCCCGUGUCGCCGGCAAAGCAGAGGUCACCUACCAGAUCUCUUUUCCAACAGGAUCCUGCGACAGGGACAACGACCCCCCUUGUUGCUCUGACGCCUCAGAGACGACGGCUCUCUGGAGUCGGCGCUGACCGCUUGGGUCUGGGCUCUCCGAGGGUUGCGGAGCUUCUCGAGCGCCGAACAUCUAUUGGCGAGGCAGCAAAAGAGUUCUCCCCUGGUAGAAAUCUGGAGCUUGGUCGCCGGGGUGUCAAGUGGGAUAACCCCCGCAUAAUGGAGCAAGAAAUCGACCGCCAAAGGCAGCAAGAAAUGGAUAAGGAAGACGGCCGUAAGAUCAUGGAGCGGGAGGCUGACGAACGAGACGUCACCGUAAAUCUUAGAGAGAUGAUUCAGGGACUCAGCCCGAAGAAGAACCCACUGCGUGGUCGCAAGAGCUUACACGUUGGCAGCGCCAAGGGCUUACUGGGAAAGCGUCCUUCCGAGUUGGACGAUGGGGAGGAAGAGAAGGAUGGAGUGAAGAGACUAAAGAACCACCAUGGGAGUCCAGUCAAAAGCAUCAAGCUACAGCAACCUCCAUCCAAAGAGGAGACCACGGGACGACUCUCAAAGUCCAGCAGGAGCCAAGACUCAACAAAGCAAUCUCUCGAAGUGUCCACACCAAAAUCUCCCAUCAAGAUCUCCAGGACCGCACCAAGUCCAAGACGUCUUAGUCAUUUCAGGGACGUGGAGGACGAUGGCGCAAUAGAUCUCGGCAGAGGCGAGGGUAUUGAUGCUGAGGAUCUGGACGACGACGACGAAGAGCGUAUCAGCCUGCAGGACUUCCUCAACAUGACCAGCAUUCGAUUCAUGGAGCUGACGACCACAAAACGCCGGCAUACCGUCGCACCCCAAGCGAAGGACAACUCUGGAAGCGACGGCAAGGAUGACAUGUCCUUUGAGCGCUGCGUCGUGGCCGGUGCCUGUACGGUGCCGAUGCUAGAGCUGUACCAACACUCAUGCCGCGAGCUCAAGAAGUACAUCUCGGAGGGUCGCGACAUCGUCCGGGAGAUUGAGAGCGAGACGCUCGCUGACAACCCGCCCCUGUUCCGAGAGUAUAUGUCAGCCAGCCCGGACUUUAGAGUUCUGAUGGAUAACCAAUUCAAAAAUGUCAAGCUGCAUGCUCGCCUCCUCAGCAAGGCCAUGUGGUACGAAUGGCGAAUGAAGCUGCAAGAGGGUCUCAAAGAAGGCUUGGACAAGACGGCCGAGGGCAUGGCUCAAGACGAACAGGUCCUGAAGAAGAAGCAGGCUCUCAUUGACUCGACACUUCCUGCGCUCGUCGAGAAGUUUGCCGAACUCGAAAAAGAACACGGCCUGCUCGACGAGGCGGUGCGUGAGCUUGCCGAUUGCGAUCCUGACGAGUUGCAAGCUGCGCGGGACGAGUUGCUUACCGCUACCCAAGAUAUCGAUCUGAAGAAGCAGCAAAUUGCAGAACUGGAGCAGGACCUGCAACAAUCCGAGGAAGCUAUUGGAGAGUUGACGACAAAGAAGCAGCUGUGCCUAAAUGAGAUACGCGAAGCCGAGCGCGUGAGGGAGGAAUGUAGAGGCUGGAGACCUGAUGAAAUUAUGGAUCUUAGAGCACGCGUUGAGGCCAUCGAAAAAGAGCACGGCUGGACAGUGACUGGCUGCUCCGAUACGACUAUAUCAAUGACGUACAACCGCGAGAUUGAGCUAGUCUUUAAUCCCACCAGCUUCGCCAUCCCGAACAGCGCUGCCAGCAAGCAGCCCACCAAUAUCGACCUCUGGUACAUCGCGGCAAACCGCGAACGCGACCCCGUACCCGUCACUACCGAGCUCGAAUUCUUCCUUCAGUGCAUCCGCGACCAGGUCAGGGCUCUGGACCAGCCGCGCACCUCUCUACGACAUAUGCUCGACGUGGUGGGUGCCUGCUGGCUUGAGGCGAAGCAGGUCUCUGCCAACAUCAGGAGCAUCAAUUGCACCUUCCCCACCAGGGUCUCACGGACGUCGGACACCUCCAUGGUCGUCAAGGCGACGUUGCUGCUGUCGGGGCUGAAGACCAAGGUCGAGGUUCUUAUCGACCUGAGCGGCCAGAGCGCGAGUGGUACGGUUGUCAAGCCGCGAGCUAGAGUCGUCUACGGGCAGCGGUUCAACGAGGAGCGGAUGGCUGACUUCCUGAGCAAGGAGAUUGGCGACAAGGUCGGCAAGGGACAGAUGUGGGGAGAGGUCGUUGUCGAACUGUACGCGAAGCUUUUGUCUGGGUCUAACAAGCAAUGACGGAGUUUGUUGGUUCUUGGGUACUGGGGAUGCAAGGGGCUUUUCUUCUUCUGGAGUUUAUGUUUGUUUACUGGCGUUUAGGGAUAAUACGCAGGAUGAAACCUGGGUAUAAUGGAUAUCAGGUCUGGAAUAUGGGUUUAUGAUUCGAUGACUAGAUUGUUGUUUUGUUUUAUCGAGUCUCCAUGAACACUUUCUUUCAAUCCUAGGUAUCCUGCCGUACACAGUGACAGACUGACAGCGUAAAUCACAGACCCCAAAGGUAAGAAGACACUCAAGACUGAACACCAUGAUCUUGUAACAUCAAAAGAAGCCUGUUUGUUGUUCUGUUCGUGCCAGGGGAAGGACUUCCUGCUGUUUUUACUGUUGAAAAGAAC